AUGGCGCGGCGCGCGCGCGAGGACGAUGGGUUUGAGAUCCAAGGGCAGAUCGGUGAGGGCGCGUUCGGGCGCGUGAUGCACGCGAGGGACGGGAGAGGUCGGGUGUACGCGAUCAAGACGUUUAAGGCGCCGCCGACGUCGACGUCGGGGCGGGAGCAGAUGGUGGGCUUGCCGGCGCCGACGGUUCGCGAGGUCACGAUGCUGCGAGCGAUGAAGCACGAAAACGUCGUGCGGUUGCACAAGGUGAUCGUCGAUAAGGCGGAGUUGUCGCUGUCGAUCGCGAUCGAUUACGCGGAGUACGAUCUGGGGGCGAUUCUGACGUGGCAUCGACGACAUCGACGAUACGUCCAUCCGAGAAUGGUGAAGAGCGCGACGUGGCAGCUGUUACACGGGCUGUGGUAUUUGCACUCGAAUUGGAUCAUUCACAGAGACAUCAAGCCUCAGAACGUGCUCGUGAUGGGGGACGGGAGCGAGUGCGGGGUGGUGAAGAUUGCGGAUUUCGGCCUCGCGCGUUUCGUCGAUCCCGCGAGCGUCCUGCGUCCGUUGCACGAAAACGGACCGGUGGUCACCCUAUGGUAUCGCGCGCCCGAGCUUUUACUCGGGGCGAGGCAUUACACACGGGCGAUCGAUAUUUGGGCCGCUGGGUGCAUCUUCGCCGAGCUCGUGACUCUUGUUGUACCGUUCAAGGGCAUUCCGAAGGAGAAGGAGGAUCCGCGCACGAUGUACCAGUACGAACAGCUCGAGUCCAUCGUCAAGCACAAGGGAACGCCGACGGUCGACCAGUGGCCUUUGGUCAUCGAUCACCCGUACUAUGAUAAGGCGAAGUCGUGCUUGUUCGCGGAUAGUCAGAGCGAAUUGGUCAAACCAGACGAGAGGGCGCCGAUGCGAGACAAGGCGCUCGCGCCCGAGAUUCGCCACGUCUUCGAAGAACUGUGCGCGUACGAUCCGGAGAAGCGUCCCACGGCGUACGAGGCGCUCACCGAUUUCGAUUACUUCGCGAAAGAUGAUCCCGAACCGAAACGAAACAUAUUCGAUUACGAGGGCAACGCCGGGGACGCGCGCGUGGUGUAUCCGCACAGGAAAAUCGUCCAGGCGGAGAAACCGCACGACGACGAGAUAAAACGCAAGGCGAGCGAUGGUGGUAGUGAUCAAACCGCGACGCGCGAGGAGGGCGAGGUGAAGCGAACGCGGGUUUGA